AUGGAUAUUUCGCCGGAAGUUGUAAGCGAUGAUGAGGAGCACCCAAAGUUGUGCAUUUGUGAUGAUACUCCUUCACCGUCGCCAUCAAACAUUAAGGAUGAUCUUUCACUGCCAGUUGCAAGUACAAUGUCUAAAGGAACAAAGAAGGUUGACGUACUUGAUAAAGAAGGUCUUAACCAUGGAAAUGAAGAAGUGUUUAAUACUAAGUUAGGAAUGCGCUGCGCGGCACACAGGCAAGUUUUCGUUGCGUCUAAGCUUGCAACAAUAAACCAACUCAAUCAGAACACAGGCGACCAUUUUAGAAUUAAGUCUAAAUCGCAGGCGGUGGGCGAAGGCUUUUCCUGGUCAGAGUAUUUAAAGGAAACGAAAUCAAAAGCUGCUCCUGCUGACUGCUUUUUUCAGGACCCGACUCCGCCUGUUAAUAACUUCAAAGUUAACACCAAAGUUGAAGUACCGGAUUUAAGAGGCAACGGGACGCAUUGCUUAGCGACAAUACAACAUGUACACUCUGUAUGGAUCUGCGUGCGAUUGGAUGGCGAAGACGCCAGUAACGACCAUUGGUUGAUAUGCGAUGAUAGAUCUGUCUUGCCGGUUGGAGCAAAUAAAAAGAAGGGGAACCCAAUCCAACCUCCGUACGGUUACAAAUAUAAUAUAUCUAGUUUCCAUAAGUUUGUUGAAAACCAGUUAAAACCCAGAGCAGAUGGUAAAAGCCCCGCAGCUUCUCCUGAAACGUUCAAACCCAUAUCUAGUACUUUUCACCCGCAAAGAAAUAAGUUUGAAGUGGGUAUGAAAUGCGAGGCAAUUGAUUACAAAAAUUUUAACGGAAGGCCAUGUCCAGCUACGAUCGUUGAAGUUGACGAUGACUUUGUCACAAUAAAUUUUGAUGGUUGGAACAAUUCGUAUAAUCUAAAAGUUAGAUAUGAUAGCAGGUAUCUUUUUCCCGUCGGGUGGUCUGCAAAAAACGGACUUGCAAUCAAUCCUCCUAGGCGAAUGGAAGGCAUUAGUUCCGCAAGAAGAGGGAAGCACAAACCAACGCGAAAGGAUUUGGAUCGGAAGCCAAUUAAUAUGUCCAAAGCAGCGUUACAGUCUUUUAUACGAAAAAAUAAAGGAAGUGGUGACCAAACCCAAUUGAGGAAAAGGAAGUCAACGCAGUCAACCAACAGCACACCACCGGGAAGGAAGUCACGGAUUGCCCGUCGGGUUUCCUCUUCAUCGUUCCAAACUCUAUCACAAAAAUCUUCAGAUACUGGGAGUGACACUGUUGCUUCUGUGGUCGUAGACGACCGUAAGCUCCUUCCUUUAAAGACAGAGAGCUGUAGUUCAACAGUCUCAUUGCUCCCAAUGGCAUUUAGUGAUUCAACUGAUAGAGAUGCUACGAUGAAAAAGACCCCUUCAUUACAGAAACCUGUUGCAAGAAAAACUAUUCCUGGUCCAUCAACUCAACAGUCUUUGGUCAAACGGACGUCAGCUGCACCUAAAGCGGUUUCAAGUGUUACUGUGAGUUUGGCUGCUCAACCACUGUCUUCUCUGAAUACCACGAUUACGCAACCUUCAACGCAAGGCCCUGUUUCGUUAUCAACCGCAAAAUCACUUACAUCACAGCAGGGUUUAUCAAUUAAUUCUCCAUCUCCAAUUCAGCCCGAUCAGACUCAUCAACACCUUCAAAUCUAUAGUUCCCUACCAACAGAAGCAGCGGUUAAUGCAAACGUAGGAUUGCUGGCUUCAAAAUCGAAAACGUGGGAAGUGUCACGUAAUCAGAAGAAGUUCGAUGCAGCGGUGCAGAAGCCUUCACUUGCAAGUAUUGCUGCUGGAGAAGACAUUAUUUUGGAAGUUAGUGAAAAUUCGCAGAACUCAGAAAGCAUAAGAAUGACUGUUUGUAUAAAUCGCUUUUGCAAUUGUGGCUCGCUGCUGGACAGCAGAAAGGUGGAAAAUUUGCCUUCGCAAAUAGGACCAGGCUCUCAUCAUCAUGUUUUCCGUGAAGUAGUGCAACAGAUCGUUAACUGUUCAUUCGACAGUUCUGUGGUAUUAAGGGAGAUCAAACCUGGAACUUCGCACAUUCUUUCUCUUCAGUGGAUUAUAGUAACUGAAGAAGAUGGUGUAACUCACGUCCGUGCUUUACCGAUAUUUCAAACCGCAGCGGAAGCUUGGGAACGGCUGCACGAAUUGACGGCGAAAUUAAAAGUUUGCCCAAAUUUUCUUCAGGAAUCACAAGUCGUCUGUCAGAACUGUAAAAUAAGAAAUGAAAUGCUAAAUGAAGAUAACUCUGGUAGGUUAAAUAUAGGAUUUUUUUCUAGUUUCAUCAUUAGUGAACCUUCCAAAUCCAAAUUCAUUCUCCAUAAGAGGUCGAAAAAUAAACCUGAUUGUUAUAAUUAUUUGAACAAAAAAACCUGUUUUGAAAUAGAACUUUCUGAAGACGCUCUAACGAACUGGUCGGUGGAUAGAGUGGCUCGAGAAAUUGAAGCUGCUUUUGAUUGCAACGUAGCUACCCGUUUUCAUCAGAAUCAAAUUGAUGGACAAGCGCUAAUGUUGCUCAGCACAGAUUUGUUGAUGCAAUAUCUGGAAAUGCCAUUUGGACCUGCACUGAAAAUGGUUAACUUUGUUGAUGCAUUGAAGAAGAAAUAUCGCCCCUUAUCAAGCAGAUCACGAGCUAAACUAGUAUUAACGCUUUUGGUCGGCCUGGAGUUUUUGGAAAACAGUUUUGAUAUGGCUUUGUCUUGCACCCCCAGAAGUGGGCUUAAAAAGGGUUUUAAAAUAUAA